GUUGAACUGUUGAAGUAAAACUCAUUGACUAAUUUCCUAGACAUAUAAUAUGUCUUCUUUCUUUUUUCCUCGAGUAAAGAGACAGACGAUGUAUAAUAUGUUCGUCCGUUCACCGGCCGGCGGCGUGCCCCUCUUCUUCUUGUAAAAUCAGCCGCAGACGGAAGAAACAGACACCACUAGAGUUAGAGAACGAUUCAGAAUUUGGGAAGAAAAUGGACAGGAUAUAUCAGAAAGUGCGGAAUUUAGACGCGUAUCCAAAAAUAAACGAGGAUUUCUACAGCCGUACUCUCUCCGGAGGCCUUAUCACUCUCAUCUCUUCCGUUCUCAUUCUUUUCCUCUUCUUCUCUGAACUCAGUUUGUAUCUUCAUAAGGUUACGGAGACAAAGCUUUUAGUGGAUACUUCAAGAGGGCAAAGCCUACGCAUCAAUUUUGAUGUCACUUUUCCUGCCAUUCGAUGUUCGUUGCUCAGUGUGGAUGCCAUAGAUAUCAGUGGAGAGCAGCAUCUUGAUAUUAGGCAUGAUAUAUCUAAGAAAAGGAUCAAUGCUCAUGGCGAUGUAAUUGAAGUCCGUCAGGAAGGGAUUGGUGCUCCGAAGAUUGACAGGCCUUUACAGAGCCAUGGUGGCAGGCUUGGACAUAAUGAGGAAUAUUGUGGUUCGUGUUUUGGAGGCGAAAUGUCACAUGAUGAUUGUUGCAACACAUGCGAAGAAGUUCGUGAAGCAUAUAGGAGAAAAGGGUGGGCGAUGACAAAUAUGGAUUUGAUUGACCAAUGCAAACGUGAAGGCUUUAUCCAAAUGAUAAAAGACGAAGAAGGUGAAGGAUGUAAUAUUAAUGGAUCCUUGGAAGUUAACAGAGUUGCUGGGAGUUUUCAUUUUGCUCCUUGGAAAAGCUUCCAUCUAUCAAAUUUUCUGAUACAGGAUUUGCUGGAUUUGCAAAAGGAUAGUUAUAAUAUAAGUCAUAGGAUCAAUAGACUGGCUUUCGGUGACUACUUUCCAGGCGUGGUAAACCCCCUUGCUGGGAUACAAUUGAUGCAUGACACACCAAAUGGCGUGCAGCAGUUUUUCAUUAAGGUGGUCCCUACAAUAUACACUGAUAUUCGAGGCCGCACUGUGCAUUCGAAUCAGUACUCUGCUACAGAGCAUUUCAAGAAAUCAGAAUUGACACCCCUUGAUUCUCUUCCUGGAGUUUACUUCUUCUAUGACUUUUCUCCAAUUAAGGUGAUAUUCAAAGAGGAGCACAUUUCAUUUUUACACUUCAUGACAAGUAUUUGUGCUAUAAUCGGAGGUAUUUUCACAAUUGCGGGAAUAAUUGAUUCCUUCAUAUAUUAUGGUCAAAGAGCAAUCACGAAGAAAGUGGGAAUUGGCAAAUUCGGCUGAUGUUGUUAGUGGCUAUCUGUAACAUUUUCAGGUUUUUUCUUUGUUUUAGAUUUGUAAUAUAUCUGCCAAUCUGGUUAUUCACUCAAAAGUUGUCUUCUUGAGUCAAGGGAAGUUCUUUUUUUUUUUUUUGCCUUCACAAACCUGAUGUUUUAGGCUGUAAAUGUUACACAAUAUGCAUGCUAAGCCCAGAGCUGAAGGCAAAGAGCACACAUUCAACUGCAGCUUAAUUGAUUGAUGCUUGUUACACA